AUGACACUGCUGGCACUCUACAUCUCCCAGUUCGAGGAGGGGCUGUUAAACUCUGUCAUUACACCUGUUCGAUUCCUUGCUGAGAUAGCGCAGUAUUACAUCAAACAACCAUCCAAGCGACUGAGGCCCUCUCUCAUAUUUCUUAUGGCCCAAGCAACCAAUGGUCUAGGUUCUGAGUGGCCGUCCAAAUCCGACAUCUGGCAACUCACGUUGUUGGGGAGAGUCUUACCUUCCCAGGUCCGUCUUGCGGAGAUUAUUGAAAUGAUACAUGUAGCAUCUCUGCUACAUGACGAUGUUAUUGAUGAAUCUCCGGUUCGCCGUGGAGUGCCAUCUGCUCCUGUAUCAUUCGGCAAUAAACGCACUAUACUGAGCGGCGAUUUCCUCCUCGGGCGUGCUAUGGCAGCCUGUGCUAUGUUGGGCUCGUCUGACGUCAUGGACCUUGUCUCGAAAGUGAUUUGUACAUUAGUUGAGGGUGAAUUACUUCAAGCUCAAGAUGCCCUCUCUAUCGCUAGCACGUUCCAGAGCAAUUACAGCAGCGUCGCCAGCAUUCCCUUGGAUGACACGGACGACGCGCUCAAGGCACAUUGGGACGAUUAUUUGCAGAAAACGUACAUGAAGACAGCUAGUCUAUUCUCGCACACACUGCAAUGUGCUGUGAUUUUAGGCGGAUCCACCACAUCAGAUCCAUGGCAGAAUGUCGCAGCUGCUUUCGGUAACGAAUUAGGUAUGGCUUUUCAGUUGAUUGACGAUGCGUUGGAUUAUGAAGGGCAUUCAGAGGAUCUUGGGAAGCCAUCCGGCGCGUCGGACUUGCGCCUAGGGCUUAUCACAGCACCUAUAUUCUUCGCUAUGGAAGAAGAUGCACGAAUGCUGCCCUUGUUUGCUCGUAGAUUUCAAGAGCUGGGGGAUAUCUCGGCGGCAUUGGAGAUUGUACGCACUUGUGGAGCAAUAUCGCGCACUCGCUCCUUGGCAUGCCUCUAUGCAGGCAGAGACGCAAGGCCAUUGACGCGCUGCCUGCAAGCCCAGCGAAGACUGCCCUUGAGGCGAUGA